AUGGGAAAGACUUUAGUAUUGUUGUUAUGUGUGAUGUUGGUUUUGGUAUCAACGAGGGUGGUGUUUGGGCAGGAGCAUCAGGACAAGGCUGAAUCCUGGACUGAUUGGGCCAAAGACAAGCUCAAUAAGACUUUUGGAAUAGACCAAGAUAAAACGAAAGAAAAAGCUGGGGAACUUAUGGAAGAUGCUGCAAAUGCUACCUCCGACGCUUCAGGGUCACUUAAAAAUGCGACAUCUGAAGCAUCCAAUUAUGCUUCCGAGAAGGCUGAGGAGGCAACCAAUGCGACAAGUGAUGAAAUACAAAAAGCAAAAGACUAUGGCAGAAAGACAAUGGAAUUUGGCUACAAUGAUAAGGUAAAUAAACCAUUGAGAAAAGGAAAAAGGGUAUUGAGAUCGUUAUCCGAAAGCGCUGCGGAGCAAGGUAAAGAUACAAUUGACAAAUCAAAAGAUGCAUACAAUGACGCUAAAGAGAACGUGAAGAGUGGUUCAGCUAAGGCUAAAGAGACCAUGGGAGGAGCAAUGGAAAGUGGAAAAGAUAACGUAGAACAUGCGUAUGAUGAAGCUAAAAAUCAGGUGGGAGAAGCAUAUGAUGGUGCAAAAGACAAGGCAUCAAAGGCUGCUAGUAAUAUUGGAGUCUAGAUGGACAGAUUUCUCAGCUGUGAGCUGUGAGUGAAUUCAACUACUACAAUUCACCCGCCACAUCCUGCU